AUAAGCAAAAUAAUAAUUUAACAAGAAUACAAAAGUAUCAUAAUGUAAUAAAUGGGAAUAUUGACGAGAUAUAAUUACGUUAAGAUACGCGAGCGUAUCUGACAAGUGAUUCCUUUACUAACCCGACAAUCAUAGAAGAGAAGGGGUAACUCGGAAAAGCUGGCAGGUAGAAAAAAUAUUAGGGGUAUCUUUCUCAUUUUAUACCGAUACUUUGAACAGUAAAGUGCUAGUCCCAUUGAGAUUGACCAGUCAAAUUUGAAGUUGCGUGUUGUGUUGUGUGUAUCUGAAAAUGGUCUCCAGGAUGGAUAAUAUCAACAAAUUCGAAGUUAAAAAGUGCAUCAUGGCUAUUUCGAAAAAGUUGAGAGAACCUCAGAGUUCCAUGAAUAAAAAUCUUCGAAGAAGGGUAUUGAUUGUUAACAUGCACAACCAAAUUCUGAAAAGAAUAGGCGCUGAUAAUCCGCCGAAGAAAAAUGAAAAAUCACACGUACCACCAUUGACGCCCGUGGAAGAAAUGAUUGAGCUGGAUAGGAGACUGGAGAAAUCCUUUAAAAUAUCGGAUGUUUUAGACGGCAUAGUUCAGGGAAUAUUCGAUCCUGUGAAAUCAAACGAAAAAAUCGCCAGAAUGUGUCAUCAAGAAAGGCCCGUUAGGACCUUCAGACAUAGGAAUUUCAUCCAUGAAACACCCAAAAGGGCUGUGUAUCAGGGAGAAUUAGCGGAAACGAAUGUGCGUGAGUCCCAUUCUGACAAUUUAAAUCCAGUGAAACAUUGUUCGAAAGAAGGAUGUUUGUUCUACGAGGAAUACGUUUUACAAACUGGACGUCGGAAAAGGAGACGGCAGAAAUGAUUAUUUUCUAAUAAAAUUGUAUAUGUAUAUAGUGUAAUUUUUUCCUGUACUAUAUGGCACUAUUUGCUUUCCAAACUGUAACAUGUAUAUCCCCAUGAAUUUUGAAUUUUUUUUUAUAUAAUAUAA